GCCCCACUUGGUCCGCACACGGUUGGAGCGUACGUGCCUACCAGGAGUGUUGUGGUGAAGCGGACUGUCAAAGCAGCGAGAGAAGGCAUAUCUAAACUGUCAGGUAAUGAUCGAGAUAGCCUCUUCCUGUAUUUGCACCAGAAGAGCCACAGCCGUCCGUGUCAUGUGUAUCAGUGUAAUGCUUUCCGGGUUUGAGAUUAGCUCCAGACUGGUCGCUCUCACUCACAGAUAGGGAGCUGUGUGGUUCGUGGCAAUACUUCUCAACAAUAACCAUCCUAUUCUGGACAUCUAUUGCAUUUGAAAUUGUUCGUUCCGUUUCAAUGUCAUAAUGGACAGGUUGCACUCCUCCAUGCGUAAAAGGCUCUACAGUUUGCCACAGCAUAUUGGACAGAAAGCUUCUAUUAUGGGCGAAGGAGAAGACGGCGACAAGGACACCCGGAGGAAGAGUAUUAGGUUGAAACCCUUGCCGUCACCAACCUCCAGAGGAAGCUUCAAAGGCAUCGGGGAGACCAGAAGUGGGGACACAGUGAUCAUGGAGACGGACAUUGGGAGACCAACGAAGACCAGUUUAAACGGAGAUUGUCGGAGAUUUCGUGGCAGUCUCUCCUCCAUCACCAGUCGGCAUGUGCACGACUCAGACUCGGCGGAGGAGAGGCACCUUAUCACAGAGGGGGACGUCACCCCGAGCGAGGAGAGCCCUCCCGGAGCUAUUGGCGGUGGGGCGGACCAAGGUGCGCAAGGCGCCAGCGGUGGUGAUGCUGGUGGUGCCCAACAUGCUUCUCUUGACCAGGAAUCAGGGUUCAUAAAGUUGGAUGGCAUUGAUCAAAUUUCGCCGGACGACGAGAGAUUGUACCAGGCAGGAUUCAUACACAGGCAGUUUGGGGCAAUGCUGCAACCGGGGGUCAACAAGUUCUCCCUAAGGAUGUUUGGGAGCGAAAAGGCAGUGGAACGGGAACAGGAGCGGGUUAAAUCCGCCGGAUUUUGGAUAAUUCAUCCUUACAGUGAUUUCAGGUUCUACUGGGACCUGACCAUGCUGCUGCUGAUGGUGGGGAACCUGAUCGUCAUCCCGGUGGGCAUCACCUUCUUCAAAGACGAACACACCCCCCCCUGGAUCAUCUUCAACGUGAUCUCAGACACCUUCUUCCUCAUGGACCUGGUGCUCAACUUCCGCACUGGCAUCGUCAAGGAGGAUAACACCGAGAUCAUCCUGGACCCACAACAGAUCAAGAUCAAGUACCUGAGGAGCUGGUUCGUGGUGGACUUCAUCUCCUCCAUACCUGUGGACUACAUCUUCCUCAUCGUGGAGACGCGCAUCGACUCAGACUUCUACAAGACGGCCCGGGCGCUGAGGAUCGUCCGCUUCACCAAGAUCCUCAGCCUGCUCAGACUGCUCAGGCUGUCCAGGCUCAUCAGAUACAUCCACCAGUGGGAGGAGAUCUUCCAUAUGACCUAUGACCUGGCCAGUGCCAUGGUGCGUAUCGUCAACCUGAUUGGUAUGAUGCUGCUGCUAUGCCACUGGGACGGAUGUCUGCAGUUCCUGGUUCCCAUGCUGCAGGACUUCCCCCAGGACUGCUGGGUGUCCAAAAACAAAAUGGUGAACGACACAUGGGGACAGCAGUACUCCUACGCCCUGUUCAAAGCCAUGAGCCACAUGCUGUGUAUCGGGUACGGCAUGUACCCUCCUGUGGGCAUGACGGACGUGUGGCUCACCAUCCUCAGCAUGAUCGUGGGCGCCACCUGCUAUGCCAUGUUCGUGGGUCACGCCACCGCACUCAUCCAGUCUCUGGACUCCUCCCGUCGGCAGUAUCAGGAGAAGUACAAACAGGUGGAGCAGUACAUGUCCUUCCACAAGCUGCCGGCUGAUAUGAGGCAGAGGAUCCAUGACUACUACGAGCAUCGCUACCAAGGCAAGAUGUUUGACGAGGAGAGCAUCCUGGGAGAACUCAACGAGCCACUCAGAGAGGAAAUCAUUAACUUUAACUGUCGAAAGCUGGUGGCUUCCAUGCCACUGUUUGCCAACGCGGACCCCAAUUUUGUGACCUCUAUGCUGACCAAGCUGCGCUUCGAGGUGUUCCAGCCCGGAGACUACAUCAUCAGAGAGGGCACCAUCGGCAAGAAGAUGUACUUCAUUCAACACGGAGUGGUCAGCGUUCUCACUAAGGGAAACAAGGAAACCAAGCUCUCAGACGGAUCCUACUUCGGGGAGAUCUGUCUGUUGACGCGGGGUAGAAGAACAGCCAGCGUCAGAGCAGACACCUACUGCCGUCUGUACUCUCUGUCUGUGGACAACUUCAACGAGGUCCUGGAAGAGUACCCCAUGAUGAGACGGGCCUUCGAGACCGUGGCUCUGGACCGGCUGGACCGCAUAGGGAAGAAGAACUCCCUCCUGCAGCACAAGGUGCAGCAUGACCUGAGCUCCGGCGUUCUCAACUACCAGGAGAACGAGAUCAUCCAGCAGAUUGUGCAGCAUGACAGAGACAUGGCCACCUGCGCCCACCUCCUCCAGAACAUUCCUCGACCUCAGCCCCCAUCUCCGGGGCACACCCCCGUCAUCUGGGCUCCCCUCAUCCAGGCACCCCUGCAGGCUGCUGCCGCCACCACCUCUGUGGCCAUCGCUUUGACGCACCACCCCCACCUCCCACACCUCCCCUCCGCGCUCUUCCGCCCGCCGGUCACAGUCCUGGGCUCCAGGAACCUCCAGGACCCUCCCCCCGGCCGGCUGAAGAAGUUCCACACGUCGGCUCCCACCUCCUUCAUGGGGCCUGACUCCCCCUCCAGCACCCCGUCUAAACUGCACUGCUCUGGGAUGGACACAGCCCUGCUGGCCUCCUUCCGGGCCCACCACACGACUCAGGGGUCAGGGGCAGCCAGCUCCAGUCAGCAGGCGUCCAGCAGCAGUGGAACCCAGCCUGGGCCUACCGGGGCCUCCGCCUUUCCCUUUGGGCCUUUCUCCUCCUCCGGGGGCUCUCCCUCCCACAGCACGGCACAGAGCACGGCCCAGCUCCACUCACAGCCUCAGACGCAGCAGCCAUUCCGCUGCACCACCCCGCCUCUCGCUGCCCUCUUCCAGCAGGGAGCCAUGGGGGGAGCAGGGAUGGGUGGAGCAACAGGGGGAGCUACUGGGGGGGCUACAGGUUGGUCUUCAGGAGGCGCUACCGGAGGUGAAAUAGGAGGGGCUGAUGAGGGGGCCACGGGUGGGACAAUAAGAAGUGCCACUGGUUGGGGUAGACGUGGAUCUAUAGAAGGAUAUACUACUGGAGGGCAUAUAGGAAGAGCCACUGGGGGGUACUCAGGAGGGGUUAGUGGUGGGCACAUUAGAGGAACUAGUGGAGGCCAUAUAGGAGCUACUGGUGGAGCAAUGGGAGGGGCAGCUGGAGGGCAUAUAGGAGGGGCAAUGGGAGGGGCUAUAGGUGGAAUGACAAUUGGAGUUCUGGGUACCUCUAGUUCUGGUUGUAGUAUCAGCCCCCAGUCCACUGGUUCAUCCGGCAACAUUCAGCCCUGUCAACUGCUCCACAGCCAGCUGCCCCUAAAGCCUCCACAGGUGGGCUCCCUGCAGCAGUUUGCAGGCGGGGGCAGGACUCCGAGUGGGUUCUACCACUCCCCCCCUCCAGGCUCCCCAUCCUCCUCCUCCACCCAGCAGGCCCCAGAGGGCUCCCUGUCUCCCCUGGCCCAGUUCAGCCUUCCAGGCUUACAGUCUGGACUUCAGUCUGGCCUCCAGUCUGGCCUGGUCCCUCAGCUGUCCCUGGAGAGGUCUGCCCUGGCCUCGUUGGCCCAGUAUGGCUCAGCUAACGGCUCGCCCUGCUACACCCCUCUGGGGCCUAGCCCCACGGUCCAAAGCCCAGUCACAGGAAGGACUUUCCACUACAGUGACUCGUCCAGUGCCACAGGGUCCCACAGCUCUCUGCUCAUGGCCCAGACCUCCCUCCCCAGCCAGCAGCACGCAGCCGGCAGUGAGUCUCUGCUGGGGCUGGGCAGCUUCUCUGAGGAUAUGAAACUAUUGUCCUGUUCUAACCCCUCCCUGCCCCAGGAUGUGGCCCAGGCCAUGGGAUACUCCUCACUCCCACGUUCCUCACCCUCUCGCAGCUCACCCCCACGCUCCUCACCCCCACGCUCCUCCAUGGAGCCAGGAUACUGCCUCUCCUCGCCCUACUCCUCCCCCAUCCUAGUGCCCAAACCCUGUAGCUCGGUGUCAGGACACAUGGCUCCUCCUGUCCCUGCCCAGAUGUCUCCAGGACACCUGCAGCACCAGACUCAGUCCCCCGUGGCCUCCCCGGCCCUGCCGCCACGGAAAGGCUCGGCAGCCCACUCUGAACUAGAACCUGUCCACUCCAAACUAACCUCCAAUUUGUGAGGUUUGAUCACACCCUCCUGUGCACCCUCCCUGGACUAGUACACAAACAAUCUUCCUGUAUGAUGUCAUUCUCUUUUAGGCUUCACUGUGUUCUAAUCGUUAUCAUUUCCACCAUCUUAAUAUUACUGUGAUUUAAAAGAUGACACUUAACCAGGUAACGUCGAGCUCCCUAGUCUACUGCUCUUUCUUUGUUUUUGUUUUGUCCUCGUCCCUUUUUUAUUCAUAUGUAUAUGCAUAGAAAUAUAUUUAAAAGAUAUGCUAACCAUACGACAGGAGGGUGUGAACAGAAAAUGAUAUCUAUUUAAGAGAUGGUCAUUUCUUUCUUUCUAACUAUGCCAAAUUCAUAUGAUGGGGUUUGGUUUGAUGGUUAGAUGGACAACACAAUAGUACUUUUUUGCAGGAACCUAUGCACUAAUACCUGCAUGUAUAGAUGCUUUUUUGUGUGUUUUAAAAGAACAGAAUCAACCUUUUCAGCGGAAAUACAUGCUUCAAUAAGAGCAGACUGACUUAUUUUUUCAUCCCAUACAGGAUCACAUAUUGUUGAUCCUUAAUCAUCUAUUAUCAAUUAGAUUACUUAUUUAUCCACUGUAUAGACUUUACGAAACCUUCCGAGGCGGAAAAGAGAUUUUAGGAAACCAAAAAGAAUUUGCCUCCCCUUUGGCCUGUGUGUCGUUGUAUUGUCGUGAGGGGCGUUGAGUGGGCUACAGGCCCUCCAUCCCUGUAGUGAGACAGGCAUCAAGUAUGAUGUGUUAGUGAUAGGCUUCCUGCAGUGUCCUCAACCCUGUCCUAACAAAUUCACUUUGUCUUCCAAGCUCAUCAUGCCGCAAAUGUUUUGGAUGGACAAGGACAAGUUGAGCCCUGCAAUCUGUGUGCUAGUGGACACAGUGUGUGCAUUUAUGUGUGUGUGAUAGUGACUGAGUGUGAGUGUGUGUUUGAGUGUGUGUCUGUGUGUUUAAGAGAGAAAGAGAGGGAGAGUAGUCUAAUGCAAGAGAAGAUCUUGCCGGACUAACCAAAGAGGGUUUUGCCUUUUCACAAAACUAGGACUACCAUCCCAGCUUGUGUGUGGAGUUGUGUACCUCCAGGACCCUUCAAUCUCUCAAUGCUAGAAAACACUACACUCACUAGUGCUCCAAGAGCCGUCAAUCACACAUACUUCACAGUCAGAUAAUGUAGCGAACACACAGGAAAUAGACAAUUUGGACAUAAGCAAUUACGUUUGUUAUUGUAAUGAUAUCAGAUACCUGUUGAAGUGCUGCUUGAUAGAAAAGAUCUUACCACUCCACAUUACUACCCACAGCUGCUAUAAGGUCAACAGACAUUCUCCCACAUUGAAUGCCAGUGUUGAGUUGAACAUGUUGAAUGUAUGUGCAUUUCAUUUCUUUUUAUUUAGAAUAAAUAUGGGUUAUGCGGUUUUACAUCAAGGAGGUACAGACAGAAAGACGGGUCAUGACGGAAUAUAAAUGGUAGUUGGGGACAAUUUCAUGACCUGUAUGUUGAGGUUGAGGUUAAUCCCAGCGGACAAGAAUGGUUGAAAUUAUGUCAUUCCAGCCAGAUAGCAUGACUUCAUUUCAGCAACAUAACAUGAUAUAAUUUCAACCAACCAGCUGUAUGCCUGGCUGUGUGUUCUGUAUAGAUAGGUAGCAGUAAUCACCUCUGCUUCUCUCCACAGCCCAUCCCUCUCCUGCUCUCCUGCCCAUCAUAAGGAGCAGCAUGUUACCCUGGGAUCAGACAGCUGGGUCCAUCUCUAUGUCAGUCACACCACUCAGCCACAACACUCUUUUUUAACAACACAGCACCUGACCUCUGACCCAUGUAGGCCAGCAUGGGCUAGUUGACAGAAGUGCACAGUGACCACACUCUAGUCCCUCAUUACUACCUCCCUCAGCAGGCCUGUAACAAGGGCUAACCACACACACGCGCACACACACACACACACACACACACACACACACACACACACACACAUACACACACACACACACACACACACAUACACACGUGCGUGCGCGCACACACACACACACACACACAGGAACGUACACACAUGGACAUGCACACACUCAUGCACAUGCGUAGACACACACACAGGCCAUGGCAGUCUCCCAGUGCAAAUUGCAGUGUUGAAUUUAAUUAAUUUGAACAGGACAGUAAGAUUUCUAUCGAUUAAAAGGGCUUUUAAAAUGAGUUCUGUUCUCCUAUUGGAGUGAAUGCAGAUCUAAAGUAUCGGUUUUAAAUCGUCUCUCUUUCUCUCUCCCUCUGUUUGUUGUUGUUGUUUUACACCUGUUCUUCGUCUGCAGCGAGGCGCUAUCUAUCUAGACAUCUCUGAAAUAUUUAUUCACUGUCGGUGUCUGUCUGACAUGUGGCACCUGACUCCCUGACAGGCCGGCUGACGGUGGGAAACCCACAGACAUCACCUCAGACAGACAGACAGGGAGGGAGGGAGGGGGAGGCAUUUAUUCUCUGAGAUAGAACGCUCAGCAGCAUGAUUGGCAGUACACAGGGAGGGAACAGGGAAGUGAUCAGCUCCAGUGGAGGAAUAUUAAUGUCUGUAGCGUGUACAGUGCAAUCGUUAAAGACUGUGACUGCUGGAGCUGUUAAAACACGAAGCCAAUAGACUACCGUGGCUGUUUCACAUCUGAACAAAAAACAACAAGAACCUCAACCUGUUUGUUUCUUUUCCACAAUAUGACCUCAUUAAGUCCAAGAGUUGGGAAAUGUGACUACUUUGGAUCGGGGUUGAGGGAGCUAGUGGUUGAGACAGAGGAGUAAAUGUGAGGAGACACUGAUAGAUUGAAGGAAUGACGUGGUUGGACAGACGGUCAGGGCGCUGACAGGUAGACAGCCAGCCCAUGGGGUGCGCAGGCUGACGAGCUGCUUGUUUUCUGGGGGACGUUGAAGGCACGUCACCCCUGCCUUAUGAUUGUUCCUGAGCGCCCGUGUAGGUUCGUGGGAGGGAGGAGGAUAUUGAUUUGUGGGUAUUUGAGGCAGCUUUGGGGUGUUGCUGAGGUAACGGUGUGUGUGCCUGUGCGUUUGUACAUGUGUGUCUGUAGGAGAGAUCGCAACCCAGCGUUCUCAACCCAGUGCCAGGGUCGAUGUGUGGGAGUGGUCGGUGUCUGAAGAUGGGUGGGCAGGGGAGGCACAGGUCAUGGCUUAAAGAGAGAUAGGCACAAGACAGUGAUCGAUUAGCUGGGUCUGGACCUGACCUGAAAGACCUGGGCCAUUAUCACACAUAAGGAGGUGCAUAGUGUGUCAAUCAUUCCAGUCUGCCGCUGUCAUUCAGGGAGCUGUCAGUGUCCCGUCUGAAUGUACAUGACUCUGUAUCUCACCUAGGCCACACCUACCUAACACUGAACUGUCUGGUCUUCCUUUGAUGCUAUUUGUUCUUCAAGGGGAUUGUGUUAUUUUUGGCCAUGUUUACACUUGACACUUACAUGCAACUUCUGCUAUCAGGAUAGGAAGAUCGCAUUGAAAAGACGGCCACUUCAGGAGGUGGUCAGGGUUGUAUUGUGUGCAGAUUUCUCCUCAGUCUGGACACAAUCAGGCUACCGAAAGUGCAUACAGUGGGCGACGUCAUCAGCACUCUGCCAACAAGUCUCCAGAAAACGUGUGUUUUGGGUGCGAGAGGCACCUUUUCAUAAUAAUGUUGGAGGAAAUGCAUACCUAGCAUGGGAGGAAUGUAUUUACUGGCUUCAUAAAUGCUAGCCAGCUAGCUAAUAUAAAAAACACAAUGUUUUGUUUGGCUAGAGUUAUGCUAACCUGUUUGCAGUCACUUUAGCUUUGCUAGCUAGCUUGCUGGCUAGUUACAGAGGUUAGUUGGCUAGCUACAGUAGUUGGCUACUGCCAUCAAGUUGUUUUGUUAAUAUGAGAUUUAGCCUGUUCCAACAUUUGCAGAAUGUAUACUGCAUUUGAAUAUAGGGAAAAGGGAAUCCGGACACAAUGUGGACACGGUAGACACAUUUAAAUGUAGGUGUAGACGCAUGAGGUGUUCGGAAUUGAUCAGAACUCCAUGAUCAGAAUACAAAAGCUGCAUGAACUGUCAAGUCUAGACAUGGCCUUUGAUUAAUUGCUGCUGAUCUAUUUGUACCUUUCUAUAGAUUGUCUUUAAGGAUGUCUGCGGGGAACAGAGGCAAACAGGCAUAGCAACUUUAUGUCCUUGGAGAUUUCAGAGCUCAUCCAUAAAGACCAUCUAUAUUAGAAUAUAAAUAGACUUAAUUCUACAAAACAGUGAACCGUGUUUGAAUUCUACAUAUCAGAGACUGACUCAAUAUACAGUAGAGCUAUUUCCAUUCCAUUUCCCUUUUACCAUCCAUCCAACAUGGGAAGGUUGAUGUGUUGUGGAAUGCCAGAGAAAGCAUAUGAAGGACAUGUCAAGGACAGUGAGAGCAUGGCAACUAAAGAGAGCAUGGCAACUAAAGACUACUCAAUCCAAAUACAAACAGCCCCUCCAUUCUGAAUUCAUUUCAGGAUAGGCAGACAUAACCCUUGGAUGUUGUCUUUCUGUAAUUCAGUAAAAACAGACCAAACAGGUUUACUGUAGAAUGGCAGGGUGGGAGUUGGUUCUCUUUCCUUCCUUCUGCCUGCAGAUGUAUGUCAUUGUGUUCACCUCUGUCCAGAUCACUCCAGGGCCUUAGUGUGUUAGCAUGCUCUGGUCCUAGCAAUAGUCAGGGCUGGAGAGCUGGAGGGAGUGGAGGGAAUGGGAUUCUGUGCUGCUGUUGUAGUGCUUCAUCCUGGACUCUGUCUGUACGGGAGACUUGGAGAAGCUUCUCCUAGCAUACCCAGCAGCAUUUCACAUUCAGGGCGGUCUCUGUAACACAACACAUUUUGAUUCCAUUUGGGCCACUCCCAAUUUCCGAACCUAAUCUUUGCCUCCCCACUUCCCAUUGUGCUGUAUUACUGGGCCGUGAAUGUGGGUGGGGGAAUCCAGUGGUGCACACUAAAAGGAAAUCAGCUGCAGUGAUUGAGGAUUAGAUGUAACAGCAGCAGAAUUGAACCUGCUAUUUUGGAGGCUGGGGG